GUCCUUUGUGCAUUUUAACGUAACCGCUCUUUCAUGACUUGGUUGGACGGACCUACAUGCAUUAUGGCCUUUCUUCUCUUUACGUUCCAAGUGUUAAAGAGUUCAACACAAAAUUACGUUGGUGGUUGUUCUACUGCGGUUAGGCCACAAACCAAAACCUAGGGUUUUGUGGAAUUGUGCAUUUCUCGACUGAAUCGGACAUGAUAGUUUCAAAUCGGAGGUAUACAAUAUUUCAGUACGAGAUUGAUAUAUGCGCGGUACAAUUCAAAUAUUGAUUUAGUCUCAUUUAAACAUUUUAUAAAAUCGAGAACCGGACAUUAAUUAUAUUUGUGUUCCACUCGAUCGGAUCCAAACAUCAAUUUCAUCCGGAUUGGUCCGGAACUGUGUCCUAAGUGGAAGUAAAACAAAAACUUCACUCUCAGAUUGUACCGCCGGCCCACUAAUAGAAACCAAUGGACCAUGAAUAAGUAACAUUUGGGAUUGGGAUGAACGAUAAUAACAUCUUGGAGAGUAAGUAUUUUAUACUUACGUUCAAGCCCCAAACUUGAGUUCACAUCACCACGAUACAUCCUAUAAGAAAUAUAUAUGCAUGAUCAUUAAUUACAUGUCGUUUAUCAUUAUAUUAAGGUAAACUACUUCUAAUGGGCAUUCCCUCUUAUUAUUAUUAUAUGAACCACAUCAGGAUAUAUAUAUCCAUCUAAACUCGGAGUGAUAAUUUCCCAAGUAGUAGUAAAUUAAGCAAGAAACCCAAAAGCCCGUCGGUAGUUACAAUGGCGACCAGCCGGCCCCUUUCCUCCUUUCUCCGUUUGGUCUCUAUUUUGUGUCUGUUCUCGUCGCCGGCGUCGCUAGUCUCCGCCGUGAAAAGACAUUAUAUUGUCUACUUGGGUGGCCACAGCCAUGGCGGCUUUUCAGCCACGGAAGCUGAUCUUCACGCCGUCACCAACUCCCAUCAUGAUUUACUCACCACUUACCUCGGAGACCUGGAGGCAGCCAAAGAUGCAAUCCGCUACUCUUACAAGAGGCACAUCAACGGCUUCACGGCGGUAUUGGACGAUGAAGAAGCCGCUCAAAUCGCCAGGCAUCCUGGAGUGGUGUCAGUUUUUCCCGACGGGAUGAAGAGGCUUCACACGACCAACUCUUGGGAUUUCAUGUUGCUGAAUAAGGAGAUUGGUAAGCGGAAAGUCCCCAACGAGAUCUGGAAAGCUGCCAAGUUCGGCGAGAAUAUCAUCAUUGGAAACCUCGACAGUGGUGUUUGGCCCGAAUCCAAGAGUUUUAGCGACAAAGGGUAUAGCACCGUUCCCUCUAGAUGGAAGGGAGUUUGCGAGAACAACACCAAGGCCGGCGUUCCCUGCAAUAGGAAGCUCAUCGGUUCGCGGUUAUACAACAGAGGUAUGCUCGAGGAAGGGGGAGCCGACAUUGUCGAUCCGGCCGACAUAUACAGCCCACGCGACAUGGACGGGCACGGGACCCACACACUGUCCACGGCCGGCGGCAACUUCGUCGCCAGAGUCGACAUCCUGGGGUCGGCUUCCGGGGUGGCGAAAGGCGGAGCUCCCAGAGCUAGGGUGGCGUCUUACAAGGUCUGCUUUGCGACCCCAGAUGACGACACUGGCUGCUCCGAUUCCGACAUCUUGGCCGGGUUCGAGGAUGCCAUCUCCGACGGGGUCGACGUCCUUUCCGUCUCCCUCGGGAGUGACAACUUUACCGGCUACACUUACCUGGCCGACGGCGUCGCCAUCGGCUCUUUCCACGCCGUCCGAUCGGGGGUCGUCGUUGUUGCCUCUGCUGGCAACUCGGGGCCGGUCCAAGGAACCGUAUCGAACAUGGCACCGUGGAUAAUUACUGUUGGAGCCAGCACCACGGACCGCAACGUUGAUGUCUAUGCUGAGCUAGGUAACGGCGAGCGACUGAAGGGGACGGCGAUCUUCGAGAAGCCAUUGCCGGUGGGCAGAAAGUACACGCUGGCCAGCGCAGCCGACGUCAGGCUUCGAAACGCCACCGCGGCGGACGCCAUUCUUUGCCUGCCGGGAACGUUGAAUCCCAAAAAGGCCAAGGGCAAAAUCCUGGCGUGUCUACGUGGCAAAAACGCCAGGGUGGACAAGAGUCUCCAGGCCGGAAAAGUAGGGGCAGUCGGGGUAAUCCUCUGCAACGACGUGGGCAGCGGACUCGACCUCGACACCGACCUUCACUCCGUCCCUACUUCCCACGUCAACUACAGGGACGGCCUGAAGGUCUUCCGUUACAUCAACGCCACCAAGAACCACCCGACGGCCUACCUCACGCCGUCAGUCACGACGUACGGCAACAAGCCGGCCCCUUCCUUGGCCUCUUUCUCGUCCCGCGGGCCCAAUGUCGUCACCCCACAGAUCCUCAAGCCUGACGUCACGGCUCCCGGAGUCGACAUCUUGGCGGCCUUCUCUAUGGCCGGACACGGCCGGAAGUACCCUUACCAGCUGGACAGUGGCACCUCCAUGUCCUGCCCUCACGUCGCCGGCGUCGCCGCCCUUGUGAAGGCCGUUCAUCCCGAUUGGAGCCCUUCUGCCAUUCAUUCCGCCAUAAUGACUACCGCUACGACUAAAGGCAACAACGGUGGCAAGAUGAUCGACGAGGACGAGAAAGAAUCCACGUCGUUCGGCUAUGGCUCAGGGCACAUCAGGCCUAACCGCGCCAUCAACCCGGGACUCGUCUACGAGGUUGCUCCCCGCGAGUAUCUAGAGUUCCUAUGUUCCAUCGGGUAUAAGAGCUCCAAGAUUGGCCGGUUGAUGGAGAAGGGCUACAAAUGCCCCAAGAAGAAGGUGAAGAGUGUGUUCGAUCACAACUACCCUUCGUUCUCGGUACCGAAUCUCGGGUCAGGACCGGUUACCUUCAAGAGGAGGGUGAAGAACGUCGGCCCUCCGGGGACAUACACCGCCGAGGUGAAGGAGCCUUAUGGAGUUAGGGUGAAAGUAGUGCCUAAUGUGUUGAAGUUCGAAAAGUAUGGACAGAAGAAGACUUUCAAGGUAAAGGUGACGGCCAAAAGGAAAGGCGUCGCUAAAGGGUAUGAAUUCGGCGGACUGACUUGGACCGAUGGAGUUCACCAAGUUAGGAGUCCAAUUUUUGUUACUGACAAUUUAGUGAUAGAUCCAUCGUCCCGCACUGUGAGGUGAUUGUAGUGGGUCAUCAAUGGAUUCUGCUGCAAGGAAUACGACCUCAAGCAAGGUCCUACCAUUAAGAAGUCAAUAAUUCCGGAUAGUUAUGUAAGGGUGAGUAACCUCUCGUAUUUUACAGCUUUUUUUCCACGGUAAUAGUGAAUUUAACUUAGAGAAUAAUAGGUAUAGCUAGAGUUACUUAAUAUACGGUUCGACUUAUU